AUGAGCGCACCUACCGCAUCUCCCUACACCGUAUCCUCGCCCACAUCCAACGCUGCUGCUCCACGCUCGGCAUCCGGUGUGGGCGGCAGCGGCGGCGGCGGCGGGAUCACCUCGCCGCUAUCUCCACGCGCCAGCAUGCCAUCCUACGCUCGUCGCUCCUCCACGCUCGUCUCGCUCUCCAGCGCAGGAGGCAGCUCGCGGGAUCGAGACUCGCUGAGCUCCGUCUCUCGCGCAGGCACCACGACGACGUUUUCCAGCGCAGCGGGACCUAGCACACCGACUUCCUCUGUGCACCACCCGCAUACACCCGGUACUGGAGGCAUUGCGGCUCAAAGCGGCGCGGUGCUUGGUGGAGAGACUAUAUUGGACAGGCCGAGGGACAAAACCAAGUCGUCGCAGGUAGGCAGCGCUGCUGUCCACUUUUUGUUCGCAGAGAUUGUAUCCUACACGCAGGGAAGGGUCAGAGGCAUAUCUGAGCUGGAGAGGAGACUGUCAUCACUGGGCUAUCAAGUCGGGCAGCGACUGUCGCACCUCAUCAUUCACAGAGCUGAGCAGCAAGUGCCUCCGUCCUUGGGAGGGAGCAGCACGUACACGCGUUAUGGCAAUCCAAAGCGGGAAGGUAUGCGGGUCUUGCCAGCUCUCAUAUGGGUUCACUCGACGCUGUGGAAAGCCGUGUUUGGCAAGGCGGCAGACAGUCUGGAAAAGAGCACAGAGAAUAGCGACGAGUACAUGAUCUCCUUCAAUGCCCCCUUAUUCUCCUCCAAGAUUGCGGUGCCCAAGGAGAUGAGCCAGCUCUCCGUCGAAGCCUUCACCGCCGGAAUUGUAGAGGCUGCACUGGAUGGAUUUGGUCUGCCUGCAAGAGUCACUGCGCAUAGCGUGCCCACGACGGAUCAUCCGCAGCGCACAACGAUCCUCGUCAAGCUCGCAAAGGAAGUCAUGGAGCGCGAUGCUGCUCUUGGACCUGCUUAG